CUUCACUCUGUCUCGUUUCGCCACUGAUCGAUGGACUCGUUCUUCUCACUAUAUCUCUGCAACUCCACGCAGCCGGUGCUGCAACAUAAGAAUACGAAGUAUCGGAGAGAGCUUGAGCAGCUGUAGAUGUGGUGCAGAGAGCUUUUCGUAUAUUAGUUGACGUGUUGAAUCCAAUUGAUUGUACACGAGGAUUUCUUAAGAGGAAAUGAUGUCCUAUAUGUGGUAGGUUUGGCUCUUGUGGUUGAAGGAGAGAUUGUAUUAGGUGUCAUGGGAUGUCCUAACUGCCUCGGUGAUUUGUCAGGAAAGUAAAACACUGAAGAUCUUGAACGUGGAGGAGUCUGGUCCAGAUUAGGAGCCAAAAUGAUUGCUCGUGCUGGGUUCGGAACAUGGACAAGGAGAUCAUCAGAUAUGCAAAGCCCAACCAAACUUUUCCACAAUUGGACUAGAUGCGUUGUUGACGAGUACCGUCGCCUUGUGCAUGAAGUAGGCAACAACUAAUGUCGAUCAAGUUGGGGAUGGUCAGAUUCCUUUUCUCUGAACAUGCGGUGGAAGAUUAUUGCUACCCACAUAAUAUAUGCGUCCUUUGCCUUUCCCAACAAGAUUCUUCUACUAUACCGAGAAACUUAUAUUGCUGCUUGUUCAACUUUCUGUAGAUGCAGAGUCAAACCGUGAAAAUUGUCGAUUGACAUUUGGAGAUCAACCGUGGAACGGUCCAGGGGGAAGAUAAUUACGAAUUGAAUGGGAAAAGGAUGAGCAUGGUUUCAGAUUUCAAAGAAAUAGAUGUGAAUUGAAAAGCUUCAGCGGAAAUACGAGCCUCGUUUCGUGUCGAUACUGGACCGACAAACGGCUGCCAAGAAGACACGCGUAAGAUUUUGAAAAUCAUAUGAUUGAUUAAAAUAAUGCAAUUUAUUGUGUAAUAAUUGGGCAUUAAAGGCUACUACAUGGAGCUCCGUACAUAUAUCUUGUGUGAAUGCAUGCGAAAUUCCUCUUUCUUGGACAAAACUACCCUCACAAGUCCUUGCCCCUAAAAGAAUACAAAUAUAUCAAAAAGCCCUUUAAGACUCGACGUAAAAAGGAUAAUCAUGUCUUUUUGCUUUUAUUGGUUCAUUUUUUUUGAGUCAAUAGAAAAAUGUUGACUAGUUGGACCAGCCAAUGAGAGGAAGCCAUGCACGUAGGAAGGAGAAAAAAAAGGCGUGGGAGGGUGGCGCCAUGGGAUCUAUGAAGAAGAUGGGCCACGUGGCUUCACCACGUCAUUGACAACACAAGACGUUAAUACAUAAUAUGUAAUUUCUACUCAACACGUCAGCAUUUUUAAGCCGAAGUAAUAAACAGUGGACGGCACCCAACCCAUUUGACUUCCUCCGUUCUUCUUCCCUCUCCCUCUCUAUUUAUACAACUUCUUCCAAUUACUGUCCUUUCAUAAUAUCAUUAAUCCAUUUUUCUUCUCAAUUUCUUUAUAAUUUAAUUCUCAUUUACAGUAUUUCUUCUUCAAAAGGACCAUCAAAAUCUGCAAAAAGCACAAUGGGAAGAACUCCAUGCUGCGAAAAAGAUGGUCUCAAGAAAGGCCCAUGGACUCCGGAAGAAGAUCAGAAACUCAUUGAUUAUAUUCAGAAACAUGGCUACGGAAAUUGGAGAACCCUCCCCAAAAAUGCUGGUUUACAACGAUGUGGAAAGAGCUGUCGUCUUCGAUGGACAAAUUAUCUAAGGCCAGAUAUCAAGAGAGGAAGAUUUUCAUUUGAGGAAGAAGAGACGAUUAUUCAGCUGCAUUCCAUUUUGGGCAACAAGUGGUCUGCAAUUGCUGCUCGAUUACCUGGAAGAACGGACAAUGAAGUAAAGAACUAUUGGAAUACCCACAUUAGAAAAAGACUCCUCCGAAUGGGAAUCGACCCAGCAACCCACAGUCCAAGGCUUGAUCUUCUCGAUUUAUCUUCAAUUUUGGGUCCAUCCUUUUACAAUCCCAAUUCCCAAAUGAACAGCUUCUCAAGGUUGAUUGGGAUUCACAACUCAAUUAAUCCUGAACUUCUUAGAUUGGCCAGCUCUUUCCUGUCGUCUAAUAAUGUUUCUCAAUGUCAAAGUCCAAAUUUUCUGCUGCAAAACGUUGAAAAUCAUGAACAAUCCCACAUGGUCUCUCAGUUACAGUUACUUCCCCAUUCCCACCACCAAAUUGACCAGUCUGCUGCAACUCUUCCGCCGCUGCAUGAAGUUUCCGCCUGCUGCAGUCGGUCCACCGCCACUUCUUGCGGCGGUGAAACCCAAUAUUUGGAGCCCGAUUAUUAUUCCUCCGGCCACCAAUUAUUAUUACCAUCGAAUUUCUCUGACUCUUACUCGCAAUAUUGCCCACACCCAAAUGAAGAUUCCUCAAAUAAUAAUGUGAACGGCUUUAAUUAUCCGUCUUCAGAGUAUGUUCACUUUCCAAGUUUCGAUGUUUAUGGCUCAAUUGAAGAACCCCUUCAACAAAUUAUGAGCCCUUCGCCGGAAACUUCCACUCUGAAUUCGAGUCCGACGCCGUUGAAUUCAAAUUCUACGUAUUUCAGUUCUGGCAAUGGCAAUGGGACUGAUCAGGAUGAGAGAGAAAGCUAUUGCAGCUAUAAUUUGAAGUUUGAAAUCCCCGAUUUGUUGGAUGUAAAUCCCUUCAUGUAACGAAACGCAGCAAUUAGCUUAUAAUAUAGAGCAGUUUUCAGAAUAAUACCUUGUAAAA